AUGCGGGACCCGGAGUUCCUGGUCCGCAGCACGGCCUGUUCAGCCUUGCAGAAGCUGCCUCCGGAGGCGCUAUUGGAGCAGCCGGACCUGCUCCGCGCUUGCCUCGACGAUGAGGAGGCUAUGGUGCGGCGUGCUGCCUGCAAGGCCCUCUGGGCGCUGGACCCCUUGCAGCUGGAGCCUUUCGUGGACAUUGUUGCCGUUCGUCUAACAGAUGCAGACCUGCUUGUUCGCUGGACCACCGGGAAGGUUCUGGAGCGGAUGGCCCUCCCGACACUUCAGUCAAAGGACAGCUGA